CCAUUUUGUGGCGGUGCGGCUGCAGGGAGACGGCGGGCUCGCUCCUCGUCAGGGAGACACACACCGAGACUAAACCAUGGCCCAGGCUCGGGCCUACACCUUCCCCAACCACCGCAAGAAGCAGCAGAACAACAAGAAGGAGGAUGAUAAGAAGAAGGUGGUGGAGCUGUUAGUUUUCGGUUACGCCUGUAAACUGUUCCGGGAGGACGACAAGGCCCAGUUCCACGAGCAAGGCAAGCACCUCAUCCCCUGGAUGGGAGACCCGGCCCUCCUCAUCGAUAGGUAUGAUUGUCGGGGUCACUUAAACGACCUCUCAGAAUGUGAUGCUGAGUACACUUGGAACAGAGAUUAUCAGUUAUCGGAAGAGGAGGCGAGGAUUGAUGCUCUUUGUGAUGAAGAGAGGUAUUUAGCCUUGCAUACGGACUUGCUUGAGGAGGAGGCAAGGCAAGAGGAAGAAUAUAGACGUCUGAAUGAGGCUUUAGCUGAGGAUGGCAUCUAUAAUGCAGUUGGGUUUGCUUAUAGCAGUGAUUAUUAUGAUCCAUCGCAACCAACAGAGGAAGAAGAACUGGCUAAAACGGAUGUCGAGAUUGAUGAUAAUGCAGAAGAGAAUGAGGAACCGUACACUGCUCCUCCUGGGCUACUUGUCCCCUCUGACGUUGAAGUUCCUGCGACAUCCAAAAUGCAUGCCAUCAUUGAACGUACAGCAAAGUUUGUCUGCAAGCAGGGCACACAAUUCGAAAUCAUGCUUAAAGCUAAACAAGCCCAGAAUUCACAAUUUGAUUUUCUGCGUUUUGAUCACUAUCUAAAUCCAUACUACAAGCACAUUCUCAAAACAAUGAAAGAUGGGAAAUAUGUUGUUCAGGCAGAAAAAAGAAGCGAAGAGAAAAAGAAAUCUGUAACAGAAUCAGGUGAAGAUGAUGAUGAUGACAAUGAUGGCUGUUAUCUCCAUCCUAGUCUUUUUGCUUCUAAAAGUAACUCGAGGUUGGAAGAGCUCACAAGGCCUUUGAAAGUAAUGGAUCCAGACCAUCCUCUCGCAGCUUUAGUACGCAAAGUACAAGCAGAUGCCAAAAAUGUGCAAAAACAGCAAGAAUCUGACAACUCAGAAGCAGCAGCAGCAGCCACGGUAGAAUACACUGCUGCAGAUUCAGCAGUAACAACCAUGUAUUAUGGAUAUUACAUGAUGCCUGAUGGUACAUACUGUCUAACACCACCACCACCAGGAAUGGAAGUUUCUGGUUAUUAUAGCACCUUAUCUUCAGAAAUGGCUGUGCCAACUACAACAGGGGCAUCUGUAUCAACAUCAUCCGGAACCGCAUCUCCUCCACACUCGGAAGGUGACAGCACUAAUACCAAGGCUUCCUCUUCAACAGUUACAGUCAGUGCCCCGACUGUAGUUCCUGUCAUUAUUCCUCCUCCACCUGAUAUUCAACCAGUUAUUGACAAGCUGGCUGAAUAUGUAGCCAGGAAUGGAACCAAAUUUGAAACCAGUGUAAGAGACAAGAAUGAUACACGGUUUGAAUUCCUCCAGCCCUGGCACCAGUACAAUGCGUAUUAUGAGUUCAAGAAGCAGUACUUCUCUCAAAAAGAAGGUUGCAGUAUUCCACAGGAGACUACAGCAUCAAGCACUCUUGUAUGUUCUGAAAGCAACACAACGGAUGUCUUACAGUUUGAAGCACAGCAGGAAGUAACCGAUACAAGUAUAUCUAGUGUUAUGAUGACCCAAACAGACUGCACCCUUUCUACUGAUAAGGCUAUUAGUGAUGGAAAACUAAUAAAAGCAUCUUUUGCACCAAUAUGUUUUGCAAUAAAAGCAAAAGAAAACGACAUGCUCCCUCUUGAGAAAAAGCGAGUGAAACUUGAUGAUGAUAGUGAUGAGGACCAUGAUGUACAGGAAGCGUCCAACACGGAGUCAUCUAAAGAUAUAGUUUCUUCCCUUCCUCCAGAAGAGAAAAAGCCCCAACUUACUGCAGAAGAAAUAGAAGCUAAGCAAGCCAAGCAGAAGCUGGAGGACAGACUGGCAGCAGCAGCGAGGGAGAAGCUCGCACAGGCUUCAAAAGAGUGCAAGGAAAGGCAGCUACAGGCAGAACGCAAAAAGAGAGCAGCACUUUUCCUACAAAAUUUGAAAACUCCCACAACCUCAGGAGAUUUGGAAGCAAUAACUAUGGAAGAAAGCUCCCAAAGUAUGCAGAUUGACAACAGUGAAGUGUUUUCCGCUAAAUUUCAUCAAAGACUCAUCACAAAGAUAAGCCCAGAAGUGGGAGGCCGUUCAGCCCAUCUAGCUCAUCCUGCCAUAGAAACCUACCGUCCUAAUGCAACAUCUAACUGUCUCCUGAAUGAUUCUGCCUCUACUACCCUGCCCAGAAGAUCAAUUCAGGUUGCCAAUGAAAUUUCUCAGAAAAUUGCCGCAGCAGCAGAAGCCAAUACUUCUCAGCAAAUUUCAACAAAAAUUGUAAGAUCUUCAAAAGAUAAAGAGAAGAAGAAAGAGAAGAAGCACAGGAAGAAAUCUCGUUCUCGAUCUCGGUCACGUCCUAGAUACCGAUUGAAAUCGAGAUCAAGGUCAACGUCGAGGUCAAGAUCUAGGUCACGGUCGAAAGCAAAACACUCACUGCCCAACGCUUAUAGAAGUGUCAGGCAUUCAAGAUCAAGAUCACCUCAUGGAAGGAGAGUUCAGGCCUCAGAGAGACGGCGGGAUGAGCGAGAGAGAGACCGAAAUGUUCCCAGUGCCUAUCGAGUUGGUAACAGCUCAGAUAUAAGUAGCAGAAAAAGAUCACGGUCUCCCUAUGAAAAGAAGAAGAAAAAGAGUUCAAAAUCUCAUCCCAAGUUAAAAGAAAAAUCUUUACGUUCACGCUCACGAUCUUUAUCACCAAAAAAGUCAAGUGUAAAAUCUUCAGCAAGAAGUUCAGCACACUCAAACAGCUUGUCUCCAGCAGAGAGCAGAGAUUCCAGUCAGGAUCAUUCAAGGGGCGGCUCUCAGGAAAAGGAUGAAACAGCAUCUCCAGAAUUGUUAUCAUCAAUGCAGAGUAAAAUAACUCAGGAUCUAAUGGCCAAAGUGAGAGAAAUGCUGGCUUCUUCAAAAGAUGUGCAAAGUAAUGUGUCAUGAACAAAAACAUUUGGGCCCCAUAAGAACACAUGGAUCCGAAGUGGCUUCACAAGAAGUUUGACCUGCCUUGUUGCAAGAACUUAUUUAUUUUGACAAUUUGGGCAGCAUUCAACUUUGGCAAAAGCUGUUUUGUAUAGCUCAUUUUGAUAAGUAUGGUUUGAAUUGAGACCUUAUUCUGUUAUUACUGUUUUGCAAUUUCCCUCUCCCGUUCUUGAAUGCAGCAAACUCUCCAAGUGCUCUGGGACGUCUGAAUUUCCAGCAACAUCUCUGAAUAUUUGGGGGUGUACUUUGUAUUGAGCACCAGAAACUCACUGUCUGCAAUCAUUUGUGAUUACCAGACAGAAGCUUAGCUUAUCCUUCUGUGAAGGAGUUUUACUACUUGAUUUCUACAAAGAUGAGGUCACAUCUCAUUUUGUAAAUUUGAAGAGUUCUACCAAUGUAAAUCUUUGUUAGCAACUUUUUGGGGUUUCAGCCUUGAGAGAGAAUGCACACACUGGUCUUGAAGAUCAGUAGUAGCACGGCAGAGCAUAAUAUCAACAUUACCUAUGAUACAGUCUGUAUCAGCCAUUUUCUGAAAACAGUGCAUUUAUUUAAACAACUGCGUAUAAAUUUACUUUAAUUCAUACCUUAAAGAUUUUGUGAGAGGGCUCCAGUACAAUUUUCAACCACAGAGAUUUAAAAUUAUUGAAUUAUUAAUGGUAAUUUAUUUCUUAGAAAUAAUGAUUAAAUGUUUAUUUGUAGAAAGCACUCACUUUAAUCUACUUGAGAAAAGUAUUUUUCAAGUUACUGCUCAGUUAGUGCUUGAUGUUUUAAAAAAUUGGCUAUUUUGGCAUUGUCACAGCCUGUUAAUUCACUGUCCCACCAUGUUGAUGCUAUUGCAAUUCACAGUUGCAGUGAUGUGACCUGACACAAGUUUAGAGGAAAAUUUGAUCUCAUACAGGGUAAACGUGAUUUAUAUGAUUGCAUUUUUGGUAAAGAAAGUAUAAAAUAAUGUCCUGCUCACUGUGGCACAGUAGUGACAUGCCGCACUGCUUAUUUGGCUUACGUUUUUCUGCUAAUGGAUGCUCUGUACUUUGCAUCAUUAGCCUUUGCUCUGUAUUCAUUAGAGCUGGAUCAGUAUUACAUCCAUGCCACUUGGCUCAUUUACUUUCUUGUAAACCUGUUAACUGCCUGUACCAUGACAGCAACACAACACCGUAUUUUCUUUUAAAGUGUGUGGUUUACUUUUGGCUCGUUUUAUUAUAUACCAUAUCAUUGCAAAGAUACAGCAAUAUCGAUCUCUGAGAAUUUAAGCUAGAGUUAACACUUCUUUGUUACCACCUAUAGUUUCUUUCACCCAAGCAUCUGUUUCUUGAUCCAUUUAUGAAGACUGUCCUUUCUGAUCUGGUUCAAUAUCCUUUGAUUUGUUUCUUCCAAUACCCAUGCCCUUUGUUUAAACUCUUCAGAUUUCAAACGUUUCUCCACUAUCACUAUUGGGUGUCUAGGUGAUUGCAAAUGUUGAUUGUAUGAUGUUUUUGCCAAGCCUUCUGAGGAAGGUUAAAGAAUGAGCUCCCAUUUUCACAUACAAGAGGUAAUCAGGGAAAAUUCAGAUCCAAAGGAAAGAGAGACUAAGAUUAUGUCACAUCUUUCUGCUUGCAGGAAAUUGAAAAACUAAAACCACCUUACAUUCCAAAGUAAACUCGUUGCAUCACUAAGUAAACAUCUGAAAGUGCACUAAGAGUAUAUGGUUUAUGUGUUGGCAGUGGAUUGGCAGAACUCCAGUCAUCUGGGUAUUUAAUAUAGUAGAUUCUUCUUUCAUAGUUAAUCCAUUAGUUUUGAAUUUAUUUGAAAAAAACGAUAGACUGAACUGUAAUUGAAUCUCACUGUUACUAGCCUCAUACUGUUGAAAAUCUUAUACAGGAAAUUGCUGGGCCAGCUUUCUGAAAUUAAACACACGUAUAAUGUAAGUAAUUUUUAAAUGAGUUAAUAUAAGCAUAUUUGGCUCCUUAAUUUUGUGAUUCCUAGAUUACAACUAACUGAAUAAAGAGGGAUUAAAACCAGUAGGAUAAUGUAACACUUAUUGACGUUGGAACCUAAGGUGAGAAUUACAGAUGGGAUUUGUUUAACCUCUCAAAGAAUGCCUAUGGUUCUAAAGACAUGGUUCUUCAAUCAUCUGGGAUGGUGGUAGAAAAGGUAAAAUACAUACUUUUGUCACCUGGCUUAUAAAGAUUAGUACGUCAGAAUGAGUUACCACCGGUCAGUGUUUGUGGAAAAAAAAACUUGGGGGGAGCAACAGUGUUGAUUCAAGCUAUAUUAUAAUAGCAGUAUAUCAUAAGUUUUCAUCCGAUAACUUGUACCUAAUCCAUUCCCACAGCCCUAGUCGUGUCUCGAUACCACUGAAACAUUUGAGUUUGAUUAAAAGUUUGACUAUAAUUGCCUUAUAUUUUAUAAAGUAAAGAAUUUAGUUUUUGAAUUCCAUACUGAAACUACUAUAUUUAUUUACAGGGUUUUCAUUUUUAAGAGUCAAGUUUAUGCAUAAUUACUCAUUUAUUUCUCUGUAUAAGCCAGAGCAGUACUAUUGUCUCUACUUAUUCAGAAGUACCACAGGUUCACAAUGCAGUUGUACUUAGUCAUUAGACUCUUGGGACAUGCAAAGUAUUUAUCAAAGAUUCAUUCUAUGUUACCCCUCCAAUAUAAUUCCCUCAGUAUUUUUUAAAUUUAUAUUGUGUUCUUUCAUUUAUGUACUGCAAGGAGAAAAUUCCAAUGGGAUUUCCUGUUAAUACUAAAACACAUUAAUAGGGAGGUUUGUUCGGCAGCAGAUGAAAUUCAUGACAAAGUGCUUUUAAUUCUGAGAGAGUACCCUAAUGAGACUAAAAUUCUGAUCUCAUGCUUCAACAGAACUAAAUCCAGGAUCACAUUAAAAGCUAGCUUUUUUUCUAACGUUUUAUGAUUUCAAAAAUGCUAAUGCAUCAAUAAAUUUCACAAUUUGAUUUUAUUUUUACUGUCAGUCUCUUGGAUGAGUCUCUCAGGAAAACUGCAAAAUGAAUUAACCACCUCAUUAUAAACUGUUCAGAAGAAACCACCCCAUUCAUAUCAUUGAGGAUGCAACCCCUCAAAGUAAGGGUGCUACGCAUGUGGGACUCAUUCAUCUGUAAUUGCAAGUUUAUUGUGGAAUAGCAUACACAUUCAGUCAUGUUUGGUGAGCCCUCAAACUGCUUAGCAUCAUUAUUUUGGGAAGUGUUGUGACUCCCAUGAACAUCGAAAUAAACAGGAGCCUUUUUACAGAACAAGGGAAAAAAUUUUGGGCAAACCUCCACGUCAUGCGCAUCGCACUGAAGUGUAUCUAUAAAAGAAAGAAAAGAAUUUGUGUUUGAUAGCAUCCUAAUCUCAUUUUAAAUAGCCGAAGCAUUUCAUGUAAUGAAGUGGGGGUCAGUUUUAUAUGCAAAUGCAGCAACCAGUUGCACACAGCAAUAAGAUGAAUAGCCAAUCAAUCUGUUUAAGUGGCUUGCAACUUGUAAAAUGUAAUACAUCCAUAUUCAUAAUGUUUGAUAUUUGCCCUUGCCUUUUCUGUUAUAUAGUUAGGUUUCCUAUAGUUCUGUUCUCCUUCUUUCACUUUCCACCCCACCCUUCCCUCAUUUGUGGUUGCAAUAUGAGGUUUGGAGCCCUAUCAAAGAUGGGUAUACUUACAAAUUGUAAAUAAAUUACUUUUAUUGACUUGC